AUGGUGACUGUCACAAACCUUGGGCUCACGGCCGUCCUGACAGCAUUGUGUCUCGCCUCGGCCCUGCCGCCAAAGAUUGGUACGACCCGUAUGGGCCACGGAGAGAACAGGCCGAGCCUCGGCAGAGGAGGCAGAGUCACCUUCAAGCAGGCUCGCCAUCCAACAGGCCACCACUUCAACGGCGCUCGGUCAGUGUACAGGACCUAUCUCAAGUAUGCCGUCCCGGUGCCCGAGGAUCUCGUCCGCGCCGUGGCCCACACGGAUGCGCUCAACUCGGCCGCCGAGGAAGACAAACGCCGCCGCGGCGCCACGGGCAGUGCCCCGGCAGUACCCAUUGACGAGCGGUUCGACAUUGCCUAUGUCACGCCCGUCACCAUCGGCACGCCGCCGCAAACCCUCAUGCUGGACUUCGACACGGGCUCGUCCGAUCUGUGGGUGUUCUCGAGUCACAUGCCGCCGUUCCAGGUCCGCGGCCAGGAGAUCUACACGCCCGACGAGUCCAGCACGGCGAGGCUGCUCGAGGGACACACGUGGAGCAUUAUGUACGGCGACGGGUCCGCGUCCCGGGGCAAUGUUUAUGUCGAUACCUUCGCCGUCGGCGGCCUGACGGUGCUGAACCAGGCGGUCCAGACCGCCCAGCAGGUCUCGGCGAGCUUCACCAGCGCGACCAACAUUGACGGACUUGUUGGUCUGGGGUUCAGCACCUUGAAUACUGUACGCCCGGAGAGCCAGCUGACCUUCUUUGACAACGCCAAGGCGAGCUUGGAUAACCCGGUGUUCACGGCAGAUCUGAAGUACAUGGCAGCCGGCACGUACGACUUCGGCUUCAUCGACAGGGCCAAGUACACAGGCGAGAUCACCUACGUGCCCAUCGACCCGGACCCGGGCUACUGGAUCUUCACCUCCUCAGGCUACGCCGUCGGCGCCUCGUCCAACUUCUCCGCUACGCCCAUCAUUGGCAUCGCCGACACGGGGACUUCGCUCGUCUACCUCCCCACGGCCGUCCUCACGGCCUACUACCGCCAGGUCCAGGGCGCCACCAACAGCCGUAGCUACGGCGGUUAUGUGUUCCCCUGCGACUCGGCGUUGCCGUCCUUUACGUUUGGCGUUGGCGAGGAGAGGUUCACCAUCCCGGCGUCGUAUAUCCGGUAUGCGCCCGUGACUGAGGGGUCAGCCACGUGCUUCGGUGGGCUGCAGAGUAGUAGCGAAUUGGGCAUCAAUAUCUGGGGGGAUGUGGCGCUCAAGGCGGCGUUUGUCGUGUUUGAUAGUCGUAGUCCGCCGCGCAUUGGGUGGGCUAAGAAGCCCUUGGUGGAGUGA